UUUGUUGUGUGUGUUGCGUUGCUCGGUCCAAUCGGUUUCGAUCUUUUGCGUCAUCUCUUAUUUGGAAUCGGAACUGUGCAUUCAAAGAAAACGAUGGAUGGGCAUUUUGAAGCAACAGAGGAGUUGGACUUGGAGGGGCUCUUGAUGCAGGAAGGAAUGAACACAACAAUGGCAGCAGCAGCAGCUGAUGACAAUGCUCCUACUACUUUCAGCUUCGAUAACUGGUGGCCUCUCCACCUUCCUGAGGUUCCUCAAGGAUUUGAUGAUUCUGAUCACUUCAUCACUUCUCUUUUUGCUGAUCCACCUACCCUUCCUUGUCAUUCUCCUCAAGAUCAGGCACUUGGGGCUCAAGCAGAGAAAAUGCUUCCAGAACAAGUACAGAAGCGACAACAGGACGAGGAGCAAGAGGAGGAAGAACAGGUGGAAGGAGAAGGAGAAAGUGAGGCUAAGAAGAACAAUGGGAAUGAGGGUACAAGUAGGAAUUUGGUAUUUGAAAGGCAGAGGAGAAAACGUUUGAAUCAACAGCUCUUGACAUUGAGGUCUCUUGUCCCUAACAUUACAAAGAUGGAUAAGAGAUCAAUUCUUAUUGAUGCUCUAGCUUAUCUCCAGAAUGUAUUGCAACAGAUAGAUAAAGAAAUGGAGAAACCCAACUUACCCAACUUACCCAAAUCAUCCUCCUUUGCUUCCUGCUCAUCAGGGGAAGAUUCCUCUACCAUUGUAGAGGUUGAAGCUCCACCAUUGCAGGGUCAUACUCAAGAGUAUCAUCAUUUUGCUUCUCUUCCUGCUAUAUCAAAGAUAGAAGCAGAUAUGGUAGGUGAUGAGCGGUUCAUAUUGAAGAUUUGGUGUAACAAGAGAGAGGGAACAGUUGGGCUUGUUCAAAGAGCCACUGAGAUGCUGGGUUUGCAGGUUACAUGUGCUUCAGUUGAACAGUUUGAUAAUGCAAACAUGCUCACUACCACUUUCCUCAGGGCUAAGAAAAAGGGGGGUUUUACUGUAGAAAAGCUCCUGAAGAAGGUGAGAACAAAUGCUACAGAGUUGGGUCUAGUGUUGUAGUUUCAACAAAGGAAAAGGGUUUCGUCGUGAACUCAUGAAUGCUUCUUAUGACUUCCAAUAUCACAAUCUGGUCUCUAUUUCGUUGGUUUUGGUGGUGGGGUCUGAUCCAUGCACAGCGGCACAGCCUGCUCACUUCACCUAUUGAUCAACUUUUGUCCCACUUUCUUUUUUUUCUUAAUAUAGAUUUAGUAAUAAGUUGAUGUCAUAAAAAAAUAUGCUACAUUUAUGUGAAGAGAAAGUUUUCCCUUCA